GGCACUGCACUUGAGGCAGCAGGCAGAGGAGAGGCAGAGACGAGAGCUGCAGGAGCAGAGGGAGGCGCUGAGGCAGCAGGCAGAGGAGAGGCAAAGACAGGAGGUGGAGAUGGAGCAGAUGAGACAGCAAAAAGAGACGCUGCAGGCUCUGAUUCAUACUGAUGCGCAACCAGUUACAGAGGCUGCCAGUGAAGUGUUGGUUUCAGAGAACAUCGGUCAGAUCCGCCUCAAAUUACUUGCGUCUCUGCUGAGGGCAAUAGAGGAGACUAAUGGAGGAACUUUAUCGCACCUAGAAGACCCCCAGGAGAAAGAUGGCUCCCCUCAACAGCCGCCAUCUAACAGUGGUGACAUGGAUCCCAUUUCUCAGAGCAACGUUCCUGCUCGACCUGCCCCAGAGUCGGUCCCUCCUUCAGGACACCACCUCCAUCCUCGAGCAGCAAAGCCCCCGGUGACUCGCGUCAGGCUCGGCAUCCCGGAGAUGAUGACUGAACAACAUGAGCUCAGUGCUAUUCAAGAAGUGGAGACGCCGGUCAACACCAGCCAAGUUGCAGGCCCAGAGGAGAGUGUGAUGGUUCCUUCACACAGUGUUGCAUGGGAUCUGCAGGAGGAAUCGGAAUCAUCUGUGUCCUCUGACAGGACUCUGCAGACACCCUCUUGGUCCAGCAGUGGGCAGCAGACUGCUGAAAGGACAACCAGCUCUGGGGCGAGCUCAACGAGAUCCAACCAUCUCAUCUGGAGAGAGAGGCUGUUGAUGGGGGCAGGAACCUCUCCAGAAUCCUCAGAGUCUGAUUCAGUCCUGAGAAUAUUCUCACCGCUUUCCUCCGACUCUGGGAGAGGAGCAGAUUACUCCGGUCCUGGAAUCACAAGCUACAGAUCCCCCACAGAGUCUGUACAUAGGCCUCCUGAUUCUGACUGCCUCUCCUCCACCACCAUCUCCACCGGCAGCUACAUCACCACCGAUCCGGAGCAAAACUUAAACACUGAUAAAUCCCCGCCCCUCAGACGUGCAGAACAAGGACGAGGAGCAGGUUUACUCAACGACUCCUCUCCAUCUGGUCAAAGCGUCUGUAUUAAUGAUGGUUCGGCUGUAGACUCUGUAUUUAAUGACAGCAGCAUCCAGCGCAUUAUAGACCGAUACACAAGGGAGCUUAACAUCUCCCUCAGCACCACUGGGAAAACCACAGACACUGAAGGCUCAUAUGUGGAGGAACAUGACUCUUUAGUUUCUCAGCAGUCUUUGGUUCGAGUUGCAGAGGAGGGAGAGGAGGAUGAAGGCUCUACUGAUCGUCAUUCUCUUCCCUCAGACGCAGCAGGAGCACAGAGGAGGAGCCUGGAAUGGGACAGUACAGUGAAUACAAAUUUGGAGCGCAUCCCAUGCGAGGACCCUUCACUGGCUGAGGACCAAGAGCAGGACUCUUUCAGACCUCUGAUUGGUCAGCUGAUGGAUCAGUCAUCCUGUCUCGCUGCCGAUCACAGGGACUCGGCCAUGGAACAACUGGUCGGUCAUCCAUCAGCUCAGUCGUCCAUGAUUGGUCAGCAACCAGGUCCGCCGGUUUCGGUGAGCUUGGAUCAAGCUGGAUGGGACUCCACUCUGAGUCGGAUGAUUGGUCGACUCUCCCAUCAGUCCAGCUCUCAUUGGCUGAGUGGUGGGCAGGACUUUUAUGCAGGCCAGCUGAUGGGUCAGAUGGCGUCAGAGCAGUCGACCACAUGGCUGGAUGGAAGUCGGGAGGAGAGCCGGAUGAGACCACUGGUUGGGGAGCUGGACGAGUCUGCUGGCCAGCACAGUGGAAGCUCAGAUGAAAGGACCCAUGUGGAUCUUGGUGUCUCAACUGAGGCCAGUGUGCCGUCAUACCCAGUGUUGCCUCCUGAAGCCUCGUCGCACAGUGCCUCGGGUGUGAAUCCACAUCCACAGGACCAGACACUGCAGAACCAAACCAGUCCAAUGGACCUGGACCCGGAGAGGACUGAAGUGUUUCCAGGUUCAGACUCAUUCCACCCACUACUGGCUGAGGUCACUCAUAAUGAAACAGCAGAACCCUCCAUGAUAUUUCACCUGCCAGAUCACGACGUGCCUCCGUCUCCUGAAGGACAGCCAGCCAACGGGGAACGCAGUGUUUCCACACCUUCUGAAGAGUUUGAGACCCACGAUGAUUCUUCUGUUGAGUCUGAACAGUCUCCUGAGCGCCUUAGAACAGAGCAUCCUUCCAGCUGCUUGAACGCUUCCCCUGCCUUACAUGAAUCUUUCUCCCAGCUCAUCACCUCCCAGCACAAUAUCCAUGAAUCUGUUGUGGAGCUAACAGCUCUGAGUCUGUCAGCUUUAACCUUGUGUGAUGCACCUACUAUGAGCGUGCCGCAGCCAGAUGGAGUGGGUGCAGAUAGAAGCUGCAUUUCUAGAAGACAAGGAGAUGCAGUCCCAUCCAGCGGUCUCUGUGAUAGAGAACUGAAGUCUGGGCAGGGUUCAAACCUGACAAAUGCAAUUCCUGUCUCAGAGAAGAUAUUGGAAGCUGCCAGUGAGAAGGGAAUCCUGGAGCAGUCAGAGAUAACACUGGUGAGUCUGACCGAUACCACAUUGCAGGACCAAGAGACCAUCACUGAUGAGGAAGGACAGAAAGGCCAAGAGACAGAGGGGUCAGAAUCCACGUUACCUGAUGAGACUCCGGAGGACAAGAACCAAACGCAACCAGUGACACUCCUGGAGUUUCAGUGGGGUCCCAGUGGAGGCCUGGAGGAGGUCUGCCAGCAGAAGCGCAGAGCUUUGCUCCAGAGAUCAUCCCAAAGGGUGGAGGAAAUCAAGGCCAAACGGGGUCUUGCCAAGACUCAACCUGAGAUCCAAGCCCCAUCUAAAGCCAGAGAGCAGUCUAAAACUAAGGACUCCAAAUCAGUUACCUGUAAGUCAAAGACUAAGUCGGACCACCAACACAAAACUAAUACCAAGUCAAAGGGAGAACAGGCUGAGCAGCAUCAAACGGAGAAAUCUGGCUUCAUCAAGCAGAAGAGGCCCCAGCUUCCUCCUCCAGUGAGUGAUUCCAGGCUGACAAAAGUGGAUGAGGUGAAGAUCUGCACAACUGAGCAAAGGAAACAAGAUGUUUCCAAGAUGCACCAGAGAACUCAGAGACUGUAUGAGCAGCUGGAGGAGGUGAAGCAUCAGAAAGCAAUCAGGAGUAGACAGGAAGUUUAUGCAAAAAACCGACUGAAGGCCAAGGAGUUCCACAAGAAAACCUUACAGAAGCUUCGUGCCAAGCAGAAUCAAUAGUGAUUAACAUUGAAUGUUACUUUUAUAUAUUUAAUUUAUUUUGUAAAGUUUUUACCAAUAAAGCAUUUUAUAAUCUA